AACCCAGCAAAAAAGUAGCUUUUCUUGGUUAAUCCAAAAGUGGAGCUGGAAAGGGAGAGUUGGGGACACAGAGGAUUAAAGAUUAGCUGGGACACAUGGCUGGGGAAUUGACCUUUGACCAAACAUAAAUAAGGCCAGCUCAGCUUUCCCCAUGUGCGUGAAGAGAUACCCGGCCCUCAGAGAGGGGAAAGCAAAGGGAGAAGCAAGUGGCAUUAGGAGGGCAGGAGAUGUAAAUGAGGGAAGCUGCAGGAGAGCAGGAAGGAAAGAAAAGGAGGAGCCAGGAGCAGUCGCCUUGGACACAGAAGCAUCUGUUCACUGUUAACAGCGCUCUCGCUCGGAGGCCCCUGCGAUGGAUAUAAUAUUUGGCAGAAAUAAGAAGGAGCAACGGGAGCCUGUGAGGGCCACAGUGACAGGCAAGAUUCCAUCAUGGCUGCAGGGAAUCCUGCUCCGCAACGGGCCUGGGAUGCACACAGUGGGCGAGACCAGAUACAACCACUGGUUCGAUGGCCUGGCCCUGCUCCACAGCUUCACAAUCAGAGACGGUGAAGUCUAUUACAGGAGCAAAUACCUGAGAAGCGAUACUUACAACUCUAACAUUGAAGCCAACAGAAUUGUGGUGUCAGAAUUUGGGACAAUGGCCUAUCCGGACCCCUGCAAAAACAUAUUUUCCAAGGCUUUCUCCUACCUGUCCCACACCAUCCCUGACUUCACAGACAACUGCCUGAUCAACAUCAUGAGGUGCGGAGAAGACUUCUAUGCGACCACAGAGACCAACUACAUCAGGAAAAUCAACCCACAGACCCUGGAAACCCUGGAGAAGGUUGAUUAUCGUAAAUACGUGGCUGUAAAUCUGGCAACGUCGCAUCCUCAUUAUGACGCAGCUGGAAAUGUUCUCAACAUAGGCACCUCCAUCGUGGACAAGGGGAAGACGAAAUAUGUGAUCUUUAAGAUCCCUGCCACGGUACCAGGGGCUGGGAAGAAGGGCCAGAAGCCCCUGAAGCACACGGAGGUGUUCUGCUCCAUCACCGCCCGCUCCCUCCUCUCCCCGAGCUAUUACCACAGCUUCGGAAUCACAGAGAACUACAUCAUCUUCCUCGAGCAGCCUUUCAGGAUGGAUAUCCUCAAGAUGGCAACUGCCUACAUCCGGGGAGUAAGCUGGGCUUCCUGCCUGGCUUUCCAUGGGGAGGACAAGACUUACAUUCACAUCAUUGACCAGAGGACCAGGAAGCCCAUGCUGACCAAGUUUUACAUGGACCCCAUGGUGAUCUUUCAUCACGUCAAUGCCUACGAAGAGGACGGCUGCCUUCUGUUUGACGUCAUCGCCUACGGGGACAGCAGCCUUUACCAGCUCUUCUACUUGGCCAACCUGAACCAGAACUUCAAGGAUAACUCCAGGCUCACCUCCGUCCCCACCCUCAAGAGGUUCGCAGUGCCCCUCCACGUGGACAAGAACGCAGAAGUGGGCUCGAAUUUAAUCAAACUGCCAUCAACAACAGCAAGAGCCCUGAAGGAAAAAGAUGACCAAGUCUACUGCCAGCCAGAGUUGCUUCUCGAAGGCUUAGAGCUGCCUCGGAUCAAUUAUGCUCACAACGGGAAGCGGUACCGCUACGUCUUUGCUGCUGAAGUCCAGUGGAGCCCCAUCCCAACCAAGAUAAUAAAAUACGACGUCCUCACAAAGUCAUCCUUGAAAUGGGGAGAAGAGCACUGCUGGCCGGCGGAGCCCCUGUUUGUGCCCACGCCGGGCGCCCGGGACGAGGAUGAUGGAAUUAUCUUAUCAGCCAUUGUCUCCACCGAUCCCCAGAAGCUGCCCUUUCUGCUUGUUCUGGAUGCCAGAACUUUUACAGAAUUGGCUCGUGCAUCUGUUGAUGUCGAGAUGCACCUGGAUCUCCAUGGGCUAUUCAUCCCAGAUGCAGAUUGGGGCACAGGGACGCAUCCUUCCCGGGAAGAGCAGGAUGGGGCUUCAGACAGCCAUGUGGCCCCACAGACCUGACCGGGUGGAGGCUUGGGACCUGGAGAAGAGCUUCACAGAACUCAAGGCUAGUCCCUCCCUGGGGCCGGGGGGGGGGGGCGGUGGUGGUGGGGUGGUCCUUCAUUUCAUGUUGCACUUAUUCUUUCUGUGGUUGCUUUGAGACAAAGUUACAGAAAUAGGAGUUGUCACUAUCUUUUCUUUCAUUUUAUUUUGGCCAUAAAAACCUUGUUUGAAAGUCUAUCAGAUAUUUAUUGAUUAGCUCCAGCACGUCUAAGAAAUCCCCUUUCCUUUGGUAUAAAGACCAUGAUCAUGAAUCAGACAUUGCAUUAAGUCACAUAAUCAUGCUCUCAUGGGCAACGUGGACAAGCAGGGUCCCACUGAUAAACUGGAAAAGAGACAGAUAAAUAUUUAUCAUUGCUCCUUCCUCCUUGCCUUCCUCUCCCUCCUUCCGUCCCUUCUCUCCAGUGGACUAGAUUAUGAUUUCUUGUUUUCCCAGCCAUGCCCUGUUAGUAAACUACAUGGCCCAGAAGGCACGUGGCUUUGUGGUCAUUCCAUGCAAGGCAUGGUAUAAUAUAAAAUAAUAAAAACUUUAAAGUCUGUUCAGACUUUCUUAUAAUUUUACAUGGCUUCUUUCCUCUGAAGAUCUUCUAAGGCACUAAAACAGAGUGGCAGAGCUAGACGGUUCACAGACAGCCAGAUGCCUCAUUGCACAACCACCAGGACAACAGACUGGGGUGGGAAUCCUCCUUUACAGUAGGGGGUGGGGAGCUGGACACUGACUGGCCUGGUGGUGGCCAAGGGGCUGGAAUCUAGGAUUGGUCCUGAUGCCUGAUGCUGAGAACCAGGGUGGUGAGGCAUGCAGUCUGUACAGGAAAGGAGGUUCUCUUAAGUUGAACGUGCUCCCAGGACAGACAGGCGUCGAGGGCAGAGGUGAAGGAGCUUGGUGGUGGAGAUGGAGAAAGCAGGAAAGACAGACAAGCCGGGUCCCAUGAGAGUGCUGGGAGCCCCAUGGACAUCUGAGUCUCACCUCAUUGGUUGAGGAGAUGACUGGUGCAUGGUUUAGAGAGUCAAAGCCAGGCUGGGUAAUUCCCAGAUCCCACAUCGUGGGGUCGGGGGGCUGGGAUCACACCCUUACUCUGCACCUGCCUUCUCCCUUGAGCCUGGAUUUUGUCAGUCACCAAGGGAGAUUCAGGGACAUGUCUGGAAGACAGAAAGGAAUCUCUGGUAACGUGCAUGGAAUACCCCAGAGAGGGUCGUCCUGAGGGACCAUG